ACUAAAAGGGCAUUCAGUUACCCAUAGCUGCUGGAAUAGCAGGAUGUGAUACAACCAUUUACAAGGGUCAUAAAAUAGGACACAUUUGCCAUGAUCCUUUGUUUCAUGAACAUUUGGCUCAGAAAAAGCCUUUGCUUUGAUCACAUACCCUGGACCAUCUUUCAAUAUUAUUGGCAUCUUCAUAUGUGAAAUGAACAGCACUAAAUGUCAUGCUCCACUGAUAUCACAAAGAUCCUUAAACCUCUCCAGGACUAUAGACGAUACCUUUCUGCACAAGGAGCAUGAGUGGAUUACAAACCCUCCCGUCAUGGAGAUAAAAUUAUUUUUUAUCCCUGCAGCCACUUGUUUCAUUGUGGCUGUAUUCGCUACUGCUGCUGUCUUGUUGACCAUUUUAUCCACUUUCAGCUUACGGAAAGAAACAAGGUUCAUCCUCAUGGGAAAUGCGUUACUUUCCGACUUGUUAUAUCUUUUUGUAAACGCCACGGCUGGCAUUUGCAAUGUGUCCAAUGUGAAGGUUUCUAAGGGAGCUUGUGCUAUGAUUCUCUUCUUUCUCUCUGUCACGUACAGUGGAGGAGUUCUCACCACCGCUCUGAUGGUGGUCGACACCUAUUUGGCUAUUCUGUGGCCCUUGCGCUAUUCAUCGAUAUUGCCUCCUUCCAGAACUAAAAAAUUAAUUGUGUUUUUGUGGAUCACAUCUUUAUUCUCCUCGGCUGUAAUGUUUUUAGUCUUACACUUUACUCAGAAACCGGAUACAUGUCACCCUGAUUCAUGUUCAUUGCCUUUAAUAUUUGUCAUGACCCUACAUGCAGAAGAAGCCAUCCGUCUGUUCCAUAUUCUCUGCAUUACUGCUUUUCUCUUGUGUUUCUCAUUGAUUAUCUGCUGCUACGUGUUCCUCUGCUAUAAAACCAGACAAAGUGGAGUAUGGAAAAGCCUCUCUUCCAGAGCCAAUAUCACCUUCAUGAUGCAUCAUUUCAUUUUGUUUUCUUACUACCUUCCACUUUUGCUUCUUCUGGCAGAAUCUGUGCUCUAUAUUAAUAAAAUCAUAGACUACAGAACAAGUUUGCUGGCAACAUUUACAAUCUGCGAUGUUUUGAUUGUCUUACCUAAAUGCAUCUCCCCAUAUCUCUAUGGCUUUAGAUACAGAGAAAUAUACAGAUCGCUGCAAUUGUUGCAUACAUUCAAGCUACACGUUCUAGUGCAGCCAAAGAAUAGACUUGCUUUGAGCAGAGGCACAUAA